UCACCUCAAUACAAAAAGUAACUAACAAUCAGGCGUUGUCAGAUUAAUGGUGCUUUCGUUUCUUCCGUCUAGCAGUUUAAAUGUCUAAAAGAGCAAACCAAUCUGAAAUGGACUUGAGUUCGAAAACCCUUUCCCAGACCAUGACCGUCGAGGCCAUAGCGGCCAUCAAGGCCAAACGCAUGGCUAUGAAAAAGGAUCUCGAUGUCGAGGGCAAGCGGAAAAGAACGCUGCAGCGGGAGCAGGAUCGUCAGGAGCACGAAGAGCAAGCGGAGUUCUGCAAGCGGACUAUGGAGCGCGAAUGGCAGCAUCGCACUCGCGAGGAGCAGCUGCUGGGCGAGAAGGAGCUGCCUGGAGUCCUGAAGUGCUUGUCCCUCGUUUACGACUCCAAGCGUCGUCGAAUGCUGUCCAUGACGGAGGAUUCGCCUCCUGAAGGAGCCAGAAUUCAUCCGCCGCAUGGGGGGCUACAACAGGUGCCUGUGGUGCUAUCCGAACUGGAAACAAUUAAACUGGCGCCCAUGUCGAAGUACAACCGCUAUGGCCAGGAGAGAUUUCUUAGGGGCAAGCAGGAGUUUGGCAUCAACCCGCAGGGCACCCACUGGGAAAAGGUCAAAUCAUCAGACCUUAAUCCAGAACAUAGGAAGAUCGAGUCCUUGGAUAUAGAUAAGAAAAACGGAACACUGGAGAUGGCCAACAGCGCCAACAAGAGGCCCCGCUACAAUAAGCGAUUCUUACGUAUGCCCAUCAUCGUGGUUCCAGCAGCUCUGACCAGCUUGGUUACCGUUCACAACGCCAGGCAGCUUCUUCAGGAGAUGCGUUAUGUGUCCGUGGAAAAAGCCCGUCAGUCCAUGGUCUCUGGCCAGCCUACCGCGGAGGUCACCGUCGAGCAUUGCUUUCAGGGCGACCUGGUGAGCUACAGGGUCAUCGACAACGUGACCCGCCUGACCUCCGAGGAGUGGAAGCGGGUGGCCGCCUUGUUCGCCAUGGGACCCCACUGGCAGUUCAAGGACUGGCCGCACGGCGGGGACCCCGCGCUCAUCUUCCACCAGGUGUGCGCCUUCCACCUGCACUUCAAAGGCUCUCCGGUCUGCAAGGAGCUGCACAACUUGCAGGUGCACCUGCUCGCCCUUUCGCCGAACGAGCGGCACUCGGACAGCGGCAUCCUCACGGAGUUCUGGAACAAACUGGACCACCACAUGGCCGUUCAUCCCCGUCAGUUCGCGUUCAUCAAGCAGAAGUAGGGUGCUCACUUCCCCCUGGGCCACACAGAUAUGCGAUAAGCAGGAAUCAAUAAAUGAAAUUGAAUAAGCCAGAACAAAGGACGAAGGACAAAGACCGAACGCACUCACUCAAGGGGCGGUGCUGCGAUAAUAAAAAGCGAACGGGCGCAUCAGAAAAAUA